AUGUCACCCUUACCUCUAUAUGAACCACAGUAUUUUGGACAAGAACCAAUAGGAACCGAAAACGAUGGUGAUAUGCCAAUUGUUUAUGUCGGGAGACAGAAUGAAGAAGUUGAAAAUAUGAGAGAAAUCAUUGUCUGCGUCACAUGUUUGAACGAGGAAUCAAAUGUGGUAUUACGGCCAUGUAACCAUACAUGUUUAUGUGGUGCAUGCUAUGAAGGGUUAACUAGAUUGGUUUGCCCACUAUGCCGAGAAUUUAUAAGAGAGAUUGUUGUAUUUUUAAGUUAA